AUGGAGAAAAUCAACCGAAAAUCGUCGGCUCGUCCAUCGGUUAAGCUGUCAGAUCUAGACUAUACGCCGGUACUGAUCGCGCUAGCAGUAGUCCUCCUAACGUUUGUGGUUCUGUUCCUAUGGAAGCGCAAGAAGACCGUGCGAUCGGCGGUACUGUUCACCGGUCUGUGUGAUUCCGGCAAAACGUUCCUGUUUACCCACUUGUGUCUUGGAGGAGGUCGCGAAACGUACACAUCGAUCAAGGAGAAUGUGGGAAGCUUCCAGACAGAAAAGGGCCGCGAACUGAAGGUGGUCGAUGUGCCCGGGCAUGAACGAUUGCGGGGCAAAUUCUUCGAUGAGUACAAAAACAUAGCCAAAGCUAUCGUGUACAUGAUCGAUAGUGUUACGGUGCAGAAAGACAUCCGGGAUGUUGCGGACUUCCUAUACACUAUUUUAGCAGACAAGGCCACCACUAAAAUUCCAGUUGUAGUACUGUGUAACAAGCAGGAUGAAACGUUGGCCAAAAGUGAAACUGCCAUCAAAAGCAUGCUUGAAAAGGAAAUCAAUAUUGUGCGCCAGACUAGACGAAGUCAACUGCAAUCGGUCGAUAAUAGUGCGUCGUCGGAUACAUUUUUAGGAAAAUCGGCCGGUGUGGAUUUCGAGUUUGAGCAGCUCGGACAAAGGAUACGCUUCGUGCCAUGCUCGGCAAAGGACGAACAAUUCGAAGGACUAACAACAUUCCUGGAAGCGCUGUGA